CCCGCCCCACAGUUCUGGCCGGCGUCCCGGUGCGCACGGACGUGGCUCGAGUUUCCUGCGCUCUCCGGGCUCUCGCUCGCUCGCUCGCUCGCUCUUCUCCCAUUCUCGCUCCUUCUUCUCCCGAUCCCCCCGCUCCACCCAGCCAGCCGGUUCCCCGCACGGCUCCGGGUAGCCAUGGAGGACGUCACACUCCAAAUCGUCGAGCGACCGUUUUCCGGGUUCCCCGAUGCCGCCGAGAGUCCGGAGCCCUCCCCGGUGGGGGCUCCGACUACCGAAGAGCCGUCGGGGGCCGGUUCCGAAGAGCUGAUCAAAUCGGAUCAGGUGAACGGUGUGCUGGUACUGAGUCUCCUGGAUAAGAUCAUCGGCGCCGUCGACCAGAUCCAGCUGACCCAAACCCAGCUGGAGGAGCGGCAGGCGGAGAUGGAGGGCGCGGUGCAGAGCAUCCAGGGCGAGCUGAGCAAGCUGGGCAAGGCGCACGCCACCACCAGCAACACGGUGAGCAAGCUGCUGGAGAAGGUGCGCAAGGUCAGCGUCAACGUGAAGACGGUGCGCGGCAGCCUGGAGCGCCAGGCCGGCCAGAUCAAGAAGCUGGAGGUCAACGAGGCCGAGCUGCUGCGGCGCCGCAACUUUAAAGUCAUGAUCUACCAGGACGACGUGAAGCUGCCCGCCAAACUGAGCGUCGGCAAGUCUCUCAAAGAGUCCGAGGCGCUGCCGGAGAAGGAAGGCGACGAGCUGGGCGAGGGCGAGCGCCCCGAGGACGACGCCGCGGUGCUCGAACUCUCCUCCGACGAGGCGGUGGAGGUGGAAGAGGUGAUCGAGGAAUCGCGCGCGGAGCGCAUCAAGCGCAGCGGCCUGCGGCGCGUGGACGACUUCAAGAAGGCCUUCUCCAAGGAGAAGAUGGAGAAGACCAAGGUGCGCACCCGCGAGAACCUGGAGAAGACGCGCCUGAAGACCAAGGAGAACCUGGAGAAGACGCGGCACACGCUGGAGAAGCGCAUGAACAAGCUGGGCACGCGCCUGGUCCCCGCCGAGCGCCGCGAGAAGCUCAAGACGUCACGCGACAAGCUGCGCAAGUCCUUCACGCCCGACCACGUGGUCUACGCGCGCUCCAAGACGGCCGUCUACAAGGUGCCGCCCUUCACCUUCCACGUCAAGAAGAUCCGCGAGGGCGAGGUGGAGGUGCUCAAGGCCACCGAAAUGGUGGAGGUGGGCCCCGAUGACGACGAGGAGGGCGCCCCGCGUGGGGAGGCCGCCGACCUGCUGCGCGGGAGCAGCCCCGACGUGCACACGCUGCUGGAGAUCACCGAGGAGUCGGACGCCGUGCUGGUGGACAAGAGCGACAGCGACUGAGCCCCGCCCGCGCUGCGCAUGCGUGCGCCGGGCGCGCGUGCGCGGGCCUCCUUGCCCUGGCUGGGGUGUGGGCUCGCGCCUACGCCCGGCCCUGCCACCGCUCUCCGUCCCCACCCUCUCCCCACCUACUUUGCCCUUUCCAAACUUGCUCUUUUGCGCCUUUUCCUCAGCCCCUUUCCGGUUGAGAAUUUUCUGGAAAGAAAAAAAAAUCAAUCCCUCCCAUCCCUUUUGGAGGAGCGCGCCUGCUAAUCACGGCUAGCGGGCGGGGAGGCAGGCCCCACCCCCACCCCCACCGUGGACAACCUCAGUUUGGACCCAGCCUGGAUAGGAUAUGCUUUUCCAUAUUAGUGAUCCUUGGAGGGGGACUGCUUAAUUCCAUGGUGGGGCCCCAUGGGGGUGGGGGUGGGUGGAAGCUGCCUACCACUCAGCCCCACCACCUCACCACACCCCGUCACCCAGCUAUGUCAUUCCUGCUCAUUGAGCUCUUCUCAUCCUCACCCCAGGAGUCUCUGAAGCCAAAAUUACUGCAAGAAGAGUGAAUCUUAAAGACCCCUUUUGCCCACAGACUCCUACUAGAAAACUUGAGCGUCUUUGUGGGAACUUGAGAGCUGGGGAGAGAAGCAGAAUGACCUUGGGUGAGGGUGGGUUAACUGCAGUGCCUGGGGAAGGAAGAGGGUGGGAACAGGUGUAGGGGAGGGGCACUUUUACACACCUAGAUAAUCUGCACACUUGUCUGCACACAGGAGCACCUGGCUAUGGCUUUGGGAAGAAUGGGAAAAUAGGAAAAGGUGGAACACGGAUGAAGAGAGAAGUGGCCGUGUUAGUAGCUUGAGGAAAUACUGGCUACAAUCCCAUCUGAGGGAGUCCCAGGACAGCAGGACCAUUUUCAGGAGUAGGAAGAUGGGAUGGCAGCAUGGAAGAGGGGUGAUACAAAGAGAAAGAAAUGACUCGUAAGGAGAACCCUCAAUUGGUAUCAGAUAGCAAUUAAGAAAUUAGGGUCCCAGAAGGGGGCAGCAGCAGGCUGCAGCAGAGCUGGGAGUUAAAGGCAGGGGGAAAGAGCAAGGGUUGCUAAUGGACUGGCUGUGUGUGAGCUGACAGCUGGAGGGGAGGUCUGAACAGGGUGGGGUAGAGCAGCCUGUACAACUGUUCCCGCAAAAGCUAUUGCAGAUCUUGAUCUAACAUAGAGUUAGUUGUAGGACUUGUCCAGACCCUACUGGGUUCCUUGUCCUUGGGAGUGCCUUUACUGGAACGUUGGGGGGCAAUCUGAGACUUGAUUCCUGUUCUCUACUGACCAGGUUAUUCUCAGGACACUGUAGCCCAUCCUCCCUGCUUUUCCUCAUUAAAGGCUUGCCAGAGCAAGAACAACCCUCUUCCUUCCCCUCCCAAGUCACAGCCCCAAAGGAUUGCUGGGAGCUUCCACUUUCUGCAGGACUCCUUGUCUUCCCUGCUCUGCUUUACUUUUUCUUUCAGAAUUAUAGCUAAUUGUUUUGGGGGUGGGUGGGAGGGGAAGAGCCUGGGGACACAAACCUUUUAUACAACACAAAGCUUGCUGGGUUUUUUUUGUUUUGUUUUUUGUUUUGUUUUGUUUUCCUUUUUCUUUUCUUGGCUCCCUUCUGUCCUCUAAAUGGUUGGAGACUUGUCAGCUGAAGGAGGUGGGGAUUGUGGGACGAGGUUCCUUGGUGCUGAUGAGCAGAAGGUGCCUGAGCUGUGGGCAGAUGUAGUUCUCUAUGGGCUCUGGGGAGCCUCUCAUGUUGCUGUGUCCUGGUGAGCAGCCCGACCAAUAAAACCUGCUUUUCUAAAA